AUGUCCGUCGAGACGAAGCAUGAAGGCGCGAACGCGAUCGGCGAUGCGGCCGAUGCGCUGCUGAAGGAUCUCUCGCUGGGAGAUGCCGCCGCGGGAGGCGACGCGGGUGGGGCCGGAUCUCAGGAGGGUGCCGGCGCCACCGCCGCCCAGCACCAAGAAAAGGCCCCGAAGCCGCUCACCGACGAGCAGGUCGACAAGAUCGUGAAGCAGGUUGAGUUCUACUUCUCCGACGCGAACCUGCCGACGGAUGCCUUCCUGAUGAAGAAGGUGCGGGCGGAUCCCAACGGUUUCGUCCCCAUCGGCGUCGUUUGCGGAUUCAACAGGAUGAAGACGCUGCUCAAGAAGCAUCCGCCCAUCGAGACCGUCGCGGCGAUCUUGAGGCAGCACAGCGAGGCGCUGGUGGUUUCCGAGGACGGGAUCAGGGUACGACGCGCGACACCCCUCCCGGACAUCGACCUGGAGGACGUCCAGGCGCGCACCGUCGUCGCCGAGAACUUCAAGACGCAGCCCACCAUCGAGUCUGUUCGCGAUCUCUUCUCCGCCGCCGGCGACGUCGCCAUGGUUCGAGUCAGGCACCCGGGGAUGCAGACCCCCGCGGGGGCGACGAAGCCCUCGGGACUGGACCUGAUCGCCACUCCGAGCAACGCGGUGCACGCGCUGAUCGAGUUCAACACGAGGGACGACGCGGCUCGCGCUGCGGAGACGCUGAACGACGACAAGGACUGGCGAAACGGCCUGCGGGUCAGGCUGCUGGUGAGGAACGUUCACAAGAAGAAGAAGCAGCAGAAGCAGCAGCAGCAGAGACUCGAGGACGAACACGCGGAGGAGGAUGACGCGAACGGCGGCGGCGGCGGCGGGGGGGAGGGCGGCGGCGAGGGAGAAGGCGUCGACGGCGACGGCGCGGCUUCGAAAAAGAACAAAAAGAAGGGAAAGUGGGGACGGCAGGGGAAGAAGGACUACUCGCAGUGGGCGUCCGCGGCGGCGUUUCAGGAGAACAAGGCGUUCCUCGAGACUGACGACGGCGGGGGCGACGGCGAGGGCGGGGACGGCGAGGAGAGGCGGACGACGUCCCGCUCGCAAGCCGCCGCCGACCCCGCGGCGCCGAGACAGCCGACGAUGCCGGACGGCACGAGGGGAUUCAGGCCGGGCGCGGGACGCGGCAAGCCCCAGCCCCCGCCACCGCCGGCGUGA